GCCUCCCGCAGGAAGGAAGAGCCAGCGCGGGCUAGUGGCCGCCGCCAGCUGCGGGCCCGCCGUCGAACUCACAUUGGUCACUGCUACACAUUCUCACAGAUAAUGGAAAAUCCAAUGCCUCAAGAUGUAGGACCAUGGUAUUCCCAUAAAGUGUACGCAAGAUACUGGAAGCAUUAUAAUCAAGCCAUGGAGUGGAUGUGCAGGCACAAAAUGGCUUACAGGAAAGCCAUGGCAUCCUUGUACAAUCCAUCACUGUUUUCUUCUGAAAAUCAUCCCAGUAAACGUUACCAUGACUGGGAUGAAGGUGGCCCCAUGGAAGACGGAUCCUAUUGUGCCUUUACCAGAAGCAGCAAGGCCCCGUACAUUCCCCGACCUUCGCGUGCCCCUCCUAAUACUGGCAGAAGAGAAGCAGUGGAAAGGGAGUCUGAAACAGAUACGGAAUCUGAAGGCGAAGGGGAAAUUGAGUAUGACCUGAGCAAUAUGGAAAUUACAGAAGAGCUUCGCCAGUAUUUUGAACAGACUGAGAGGCACAGGGAAGAACUGCGAAAACAGCAACAGCUUGAGGCGGAACACCAGGGCACAUACGUUGAAGCUGACCAUGACCUUCACCAAUCGGCAGGCCGAUCUGCGCAGCCCCCAGCUGAGAAGCCUGGCGAAAGGAGAAUGGCUGAAAUGAAGAAACUCUAUGGUGCAGGGGCCAGCAAAAUCCAAGCUAUGGAGACCACCAUGCAGCUUGGCUUUGAUAGGAACUGUGAUAAAAAGCAGCCCAAGUACUGGCCAAUUAUUCCCCUGAAACUCUGAGCAUCCCCCCCUCUGUGUGUGUGAGAGUGUGUGUGCGUGUCUUUUGUCUGUUUCCCUUUUAGGAGAUUCAGAGUUGCAUAUCUUAAUGCUCAACCAAGCAUAAGGAUUUAAGUGAAUGAAUCAAGAGUCAGCAAAAAAAGAGACUCUUUUCUAUUUUCCUUUCCCCCUUCCAACUCUACUUUUGAACGUGUCUGCCAGUUUCCAGAGCCCAUUCCAGCAAAACAGGAAGAACUGAAUUGGUCGUUUGUAUCACAGAGGAUAGAGAGAAUUUUCUUUUAGAUAUAUUUUAACUAAUUUCAUUUUGGCUGGACUUGGCCUUGCAGGAAAUGAAAUAGCAUUUGUUUUCACUUAGUUGUGUUGGAAAAAGGUUAGAGAUGACCCAGUCUUGUAGGCUACCUGACCAACAUUUUUCUUUCAUUUUGUAACCUUUUGCCACAGUGACUGAUAGUUUUAAGGCAACUGAAGUAGUUGUUCAAACUAUUCAACUAACAGUAUAGUUAUUUGAGUUUUCCUCAGACCGAAUAGUACAAGAAAUUUCUCUGCCCAACUGAAAACAGCAUUGAAGGAUUUUUCAUGUUUACUUCAGUAAAUCACUUUGUUUCUUUCAUUUUGGUUUGUCUGUCUUUCUCUGUUUUUCUUAUGCAGCUAGGUAAUAAAUGUUUAUAAGAUUAA